AUGUUCCGCUCAGUGCUCGCCCCCCUCUCGCGUUCCGCGCGCACGUACGCCUCCCAGGCGACCGCCCUCGCCCCCGGUGCGGUCGAGGGCUUUGUCGGCGCCGUCGGCAACACCCCUCUUCUUCACCUGAAGAAGGUCUCCGACGAGGUUGGCGCGAACAUCUACGCCAAGGCCGAGUUCAUGUCUCCCGGCGGUUCGAUCAAGGACCGCGCCGCUCUCUUCCUCGUCAAGGACGCCGAGGAGAAGGGCCAGCUGAAGCCCGGCGGCACCGUCGUCGAGGGCACGGCGGGCAACACGGGUAUCGGUCUGGCUCACGUCUGCCGUGCGCGCGGCUACAAGUGCGUCAUCUACAUGCCCGACACGCAGUCGCAGGAGAAGAUCGACCUCCUGCGCAUGCUCGGUGCCGACGUCCGCCCGGUCCCCGCCGUCGCCUUUGACAACGAGAUGAACUACAACCACCAGGCGCGCCGUUACGCCGAGUCGCUCGACAACGCCGUGUGGACCAACCAGUUCGACAACACUGCCAACCGCGGCGCGCACAUUGCUACCACGGGCCCCGAGAUCUGGGAGCAGACGGGCGGAAACCUCGACGCCUUCAUCUGCGCUACGGGCACGGGCGGUACGCUCGCCGGCAUCACGCGGUACCUCGUUGAGAAGUCGGGCGGCAAGGUCGAGUCGUACCUCGCCGACCCGCCCGGAUCGGUCCUCUUCAACCUUGUCGAGAACGGCAAGCUCGCUCGCGAGGGUAACGGCUCCAUCACCGAGGGCAUCGGACAGGGCCGCGUCACCGAGAACCUUAAGCCGGACCUCGAGCUGCUCUCGGGCGCUAUCCACGUUCCCGAUAGCGAGACUAUCAAGAUGGUCUACCGCCUGCUUGACGAGGAGGGACUGUACGUCGGUGCUUCGUCUGCGCUCAACGUCGUUGCCGCUCGCGAGCUCGCCCGCAAGAAGGGCCCCGGAUCCACCGUCGUCUCCAUCCUCUGCGACGGCGCGCACCGAUACCAGGCCCGCCUCUUCUCCCGCGUCUGGCUUGAGAGCAAGGGCCUCAUUGACGCCAUCCCGGAGCACCUCCGCCACUACAUCGUCCUCCCCUAG